CGCGUUGCAUGGUUACCAUUGACUCCUCACAGAAAUCAGGACUCGACCAUCUAGACUCUCCGAAAAUUCAUGUCAGGCAUUGUUGAAACGUCCGGCACUAGAAAUUCGAUCAAGAGUAAACCCGCCGGUUUGCGUCGUUUCCGUCAUUUCGCUCGAAUAGUAAAGGGACAAUUGCCAUGGAUGAAGAGUCUGUGUGAAGACACGACCGAACUUUUCCAACCGAUUGUCAUCGACAGUCGAGAAGGGACGCCCGAAAAUCAUUCCCAGCUCGAAUCCCCAAGAAAAUGCUUCAAUGUUGAUGAUUUCAAACGUAAUGUGCAGACUAGAGUUGAUUUGUCUGCUUGGAAUAAAGCGAUUCUGUCGAAGCACUCGUUGUCGAGAACGGAAAACGAUUUGGAUGAUCUCAAGUGGCUUACGAGAAGUCUGAAGUGCUUUGAACAAUACUCGCCGUUUGUGUUGCGGGAACUGUCGCGCGUUCUCUACUAUGAGGCGUACGAAAAAGGACGAGUUGUUGUAAAACAAGGUGAUCCCGGGUGGUCGUUCUAUUUCGUCGUUGUCGGUACUGUUAACGUAGAAGUGACCGAGAAAGAUCCUGUGUCUGGAGAAAGUCGAUGCCAUGUUGUUGGCGAGCUUCACGCCGGAUCAUCGUUUGGAGAGAUCGCGCUUAUUCACGACGCCAAGAGAAAAGCAAGCAUUGUCUGUAGAACGCCAUCUCAGUUUCUUCGUUUAGAAAAGUCUGAUUUUGACAAUGAACAACAACAACAGAUCAACACGCGUUUGGCAUAUUUGAGGAAGCAACCGAAAUUCGAGAACUGGACGGAUGCCGAUCUCGCUAUGGCUGCAGAAACAUCCAAAGUGGUCGAGUUCAAACCAGAAUCGAUGGUGCUGAACAACGUGCGGCACAUACUAGACGACAUUUUCUUUAUUAUUAAAGGAGAGUGUUCGCUCGCAAGAAACAUUGAUAUAGAUUAUCAACUUCAAGCAGACAACAGCUACAGAAUAAUGAAGCCAAGCUUACGCACAGUCUACGAAGCAUCAACAUUUGUCAGAGACACCCCUAGUGCAGACAACCUAUCAGAUGUAGCGUCUCACACUUCUUCACAAAGUGGUGAGGACAAGCCAACACUCGUGUCUCAUGAUUCUACUGUGUCAAAGAAUGGGGGUAGUCUGUAUGAUGGGUCAAGAUCAACGUUGAGUCCUGCUAAAAGAGGGAAGCUGAUCACCGCCAAAUCUUUAGUUCAAUUGCGCAUCCUUCGACCUGGAGAUUUCUUCGGAGUUGGAGAAGAUUUGAGGAACUCGUGCAUUGUGACCCUUAGCAAGGUAGAAUGUCUCGUAGUCUCUCGCUUGGUGUUCAUCAAACACGACCGAAGCAUCACACUAGAUUCCAUGACACAAGAAGCAAAUUCUCUCAUGCCCACACCCACUGCCGUCUACCAAAGGCUCGUCGAGAAGGACAGAUGGCAAACAUACAAAAAGCAAGUGCUAAGUCACGUGAUCAGACAAAGAUCAAGUAGAAAGAACACAACACACGCAUCCAUUCAAGACGCACCAGGCUGCCUCUCACACAGGAUGUUGCCAUCCGAGUUACACCCAGGUCGAGAGGUAUUUCGAGAAGAAACCCCUCAGCUACAAAGCUACAACACACUCAGUUCAUUGGUAUGAUCUCCAGCCAUAUAGCAGGCUAAUUGAAUCACACCCUCACUGACCAAAAACUCAUAAUCCUUCGUGUCA